GCGAACUAAGUACCACGUUGAGCUUCCGCACUAGCUUCGAUCUUGAUCUGUCGCUAUUAGGGGAAAUGGCCUAGUUUCUGUAUAUAUAACCUAAUACCUGCAAGGAGCUAUCGAUUGUUACAAUCUACAGUUAUCUACAUUCAUUCUGAGCACAUCAAACGACACAACCGACAUUAAUACUUCAGUUCUACUAAUCUUUGGACGACCGAUCAACAUGGCACAAAAAGCAGCAAAAACACUCGCCACUCGAAAUGCCUCUCGUUUACUCCGUACCCAUAUCACUACUCUUUGUCUUCAUGCAGUCUUCCUACUUCUCCACUGGAUAUUCAACCGCCCGCGCUCUUUAACGCCUUAUAUUGUCCUUGCGUGUCCAACUCUAGCUAUCGAAUUCUAUCUGGACCGCCUCGGCCGUCCACGCUAUAAUCCCCCUGAUGGCUCUCUUCGCUCUUCUGGAGAGGACCUUGGGGCGGCCGGUUUAACAGAAUAUAUGUGGGAUGUCUUGUAUUGGACAUGGGGUUGUAUUGGCGCGGUCUGUGUUUUUGGCGAUCGCGCCUGGUGGUUGUGGAUUGUGGUGCCCUUGUAUUCCGUCUGGUUGGCAUAUACCACUUUCACAGGGAUGAAGAGCGGACUUGGCGGGAUGGGCGGAACAGAACCAGCUGUUGCGGAGAGUAAGAGGCAGAAGAAGAUGGAGAAAAGGGGAGGCCAGAGAGUACAGUAUCGAUGAUCUGUUGGAAUCAACUACUGCAUGUACAGUAUGGGCGAUCUCGUCGUUAUGAAAGAAUUAGGUACAAUAUCUUACAACGUUGGGCAUACAUAGUAUGAAGAAAAAUGUGUUGAAUUACGUUCUCACAUAAAUGUACGUUAAUGAUGUGCACAUAUAUAGACUUACAAAUCCAGUGGUGUGCUAGUGCAUACAACAAUCAUUAGGCUGCAGGAGUAUCCGC